AUGCUCCCGGGUCAAAACGUCACAGACUUGUCUUGCUUUCAAGUCUCAGAGGUCCUGGCACAAGACCAAUGUCUGUUCGUACGUGAGAAUUGUAACAGUGACAGCUACAGUAUCGGCAGGGCAGACUACUUGAAAUUUUAUUAUUGCUCCCCUCUACGUCCCGGGUCGCUUGCGGUGAUAUCUGGGGUCGUUUUCUUCUGUUUUGUGUCCCUCGCCCUUACAGCUUCUGACUACCUAUGCCCGAACUUGUACUCCAUAUCUAAGUUUCUCCAGUUGUCAGACAACUUGGCGGGGCUCACAUUGUUGGCCUUGGGGAACGGUUCACCAGACGUGCUUUCCACAUACAAGGCUCUCGAAGUAGAAGCCACGGGGCUUGCAGUGUCCGAGCUCAUGGGAGCUGCGCUUUUCAUCUUGACCGUAGUGGUGGGCGCCAUUUCAUGGGUGCACCCGUUCAAAGUGCCUAGGUUUCACUUUAUACGGGACGUGUCAUUCUAUUUGGCCAUUUCGUUCAUGUGCAUCCUUAUCUUUAUCAGCGGCAGCCUCACAUACUGGAGUUCUCUAGUAUUGUUUUCCACGUAUAUAAUAUACGUUGCCGUAGUGCUUUUUAGUCACUCGGUGCUUUGGGAAAACUUGCUACAUACAGCAAACGUCAUACGGUUUCGGAGCACAUAUGAGGAGGAACCAGCUCCCAGCAUCGUUGAAAGACGCCUCGAUGAUUUCAAUACCGAUUACGUGCCCCACCCCUCAAUUGAAUUAUUAUUGGCCCACAGUUACCAAGAGGGGGAAGACGAGGUGGAUGCAUUCUUGAGCUCACAUCCACAUAACCAUUGCGAUAAAAGAACCCUCAUUGAAACAGGUGCCUAUGGUAUCAACUUGCUCUUGAAAAAACUAUCAAAUCAUACGCUGCAUCUCCCUGGAGUCUCAUCUAGCUUGACAUUGACGAACGAGCGACCUCUAACUGCAACUGCUAGCAUUGCAAUCGAGAAUUCCACUGCAGAUCAUGAAAACACAGUAUCUGACCCUAAACUCCAGGUUAAACCACAUCACAUCUCAGUUUGGAACCUGAUAUUGCCCUCAUUAGAUCCAGAAGCAUCACUUUUGACAAAGGCUCAUUACUUCAUUACUUUCCCCACGAACAGCCUCUUGCGGCUCACUACUCCGAACAGAGAACAAGCAAUCGAGUAUGGUCAAUCCCUCUCAUGCAACGCGUUCAACUUCAGCACUUCUGCUCUCGACAGUGUGAUUAGCAACACAUCUUGGGAUUAUGAUUAUAGCUUGGAUAUGAGGAUUUUCAAAUUACAGCUUGUGGCUGCUCCAGUUUUUGUCCUCAUCACGUGUUUUCCCAACACUGUAUUUGCAUGGUUCAUGACGUUUCUCGUGCUGAUCUCAAUUUAUGGAAUCAGCAUUAUGAUUCCAGAGGGAGACUCUACGUUAAAAAGCUUUUCGUUAAGACACAAGUUCUGGAACUAUUUUGGGUCAUUUGUUGGCUUUAUUGCCUCUCUUCUCUGGAUUUCGAUAUUUGCCACCGAAAUCGUAGCUAUUCUCAAAGCAAUGGCUGUUAUAUUUGCCAUUCAGGAUGACUUAUUGGGUGCUACUGUCUUUGCCUUGGGAAAUUCCGUAGGCGACUUGGUAUCCAAUCUCAUCAUAGCCAAAAUGGGGAUGCCAGCCAUGGCUUUUGGUGCUUGUUUCGGGGGGCCUCUUCUAUCGAUCAGCUCUUUGGGAUUUAGCGCGGCAAUCAUUAUGUGCAACAAGAAUAAGCGAAGUAUAUCCAUAGAGUUUUCCGAUACAUUGAAAUGGAACUGCUUUGCCUUGAUUGUGACACUAACAUUCCUCGCUGUUUCCAUUCCGUUAAACGGUUGGACGUUUGAUAGACGAGUAGGAAGUAUUCUAUUAUCCAUAUGGAUAGCCUCCAGUAUAUUGACUAUAAUUUCGGGUCUAUAG